UAUUCUUCUUGUAAACACAUAAACACAACUCCUACAUCUCCAAUGGAAGAACACAACAUAAUAACAAAAAGGAACAAUGUUGUUUCUUCUUCUUCUUCAUCUUCAUCAUCUAUGUUGGUAUUGAUUAUUUGUUCUGUUUUGAUACAUUGGAGCAUUGUUCAUACUCCACAAGCUGAAGCAGCAAGAGCGUUCUUCGUUUUCGGGGAUUCCCUUGUUGACAAUGGCAACAACAACUUCUUAGCAACCACAGCUCGUGCUGACUCAUACCCUUAUGGCAUUGACUCUCCUUCUCAUAGAGCCUCUGGUCGUUUCUCCAAUGGCCUCAACAUGCCUGAUCUUAUCAGUGAGAAAAUAGGGUCUGAACCCACAUUGCCAUAUUUGAGUCCGGAGCUUGAUGGAGAGAGGUUACUUAUUGGUGCCAACUUUGCUUCUGCUGGGAUAGGAAUUCUCAAUGACACUGGAAUCCAGUUUAUAAACAUAAUACGAAUUAGAGAGCAAUUAGAGUACUUUAAGCAGUAUCAAAGAAGGGUGGCAGCACUAAUUGGAGAGCAAGAAACUGAAGAUUUAGUGAACCAAGCAUUGGUGCUUAUAACAUUAGGGGGCAAUGAUUUUGUGAACAACUAUUACUUGGUUCCUUUCUCUGCAAGAUCUCGAGAAUUUGCUCUUCCUGAUUACGUUGUCUUCCUCAUUUCUGAGUAUCGCAAAAUUCUUGAGAGCCUGUAUGAAUUGGGAGCAAGAAGGGUUCUGGUGACAGGAACAGGGCCAUUAGGAUGUGUUCCUGCAGAAUUGGCCCUUCACAGUAGAAAUGGAGAAUGUGCGGUUCAACUUCAAGCCGCUGUUAACUUGUUCAACCCUCAAUUGGUCCAAUUGAUCAACCAACUCAACUCUCAAAUUGGAUCCAAUGUUUUUAUUUCUGCAAAUGCCUUCACUAUGCACUUGGAUUUCGUUAAUAAUCCACAGGAAUACGGAUUUGUAACAUCAAAAGUAGCAUGUUGUGGUCAAGGAGCAUACAAUGGAAUAGGGCUAUGCACACCAGCUUCAAACUUGUGUCCAAACAGAGACCUCUUUGCAUUUUGGGAUCCCUUCCAUCCCUCUGAGAAAGCUAAUAGAUUGAUCGUAGACAAAUUCAUGACUGGAUCCACUGAAUACAUGAGCCCCAUGAACCUUAGCACAAUUAUGGAGUUAGAUUCUAGGAUCUAAUUAUUAAUAAAUAAUAAUCAAUGCCUUAAUUUAUGUGGGUUCGUUAGGGAGAGUAAAGUUCAAUUUUGUAUUGUGAUUAUAAGUAUGAUUUAGUUUAGUUUCUUAUUUUUUCAAAACAGUUAAUUUAGUCAUUGAGAUUACAUUUCUUGAUUCAAUUUAAUUUUUGUGGAGUUUCAUGAAAUUGAAUUGAAUUAUAUAAGAAAGUGUAGUUUCAUAGACUAAAUUAAUAAAAAAAUACUAACUAAAUUAAGUCAUACUUAUAAUCUUGAGAACAAAUUUGAAUAUCUAUUCCUUCCUUUUGUCGUGUUUUGAGUCUUCAUAAUGCGAAAUACAUUGCAUUAUUGUUGGAUGUUGAAGCCUUUAUAGUUAACUAGGAUCAAUUGAGUCUAUAGUUGUUAUAGCAAUCUCGUGGGUGUGACCUAAUAGUUCAAUAUU